GCAGGAAGUUUGGCACCUGCCUAUCGGUGCCACUGAUACCCAGGCUGGUGCAGGCGACUUUUAGCCAGGACAAUCCCCCCGCUGGGAGCAGCAGGAGGAGGUGGCACAGAGGCCAGGGGUGCAGGACAGCCGUGGAGCUGGCCUGAACCUUGGACCUUGUCUUCCAAUAGAAUCCAUAUCUCAGCCCUCCACAGGAUCCGCUGAUCAUGGCCUCCAAGUCUGAAAAGAGGGUGGCCUCUUCGGUGUUUAUCACCCUGGCACCCCCACGGCGUGACGUAGCUGUGACUGAGGACGUGGGCCAGGCGGCUUGUGAAGUCAGACGUGCCCGGCCCUGGGAGACCCCUGCUCCCAUGAAGACCCCCGGGGCCGCCUUGAGCAGGAAACCCAGUGCUGGGGCACCGCCUGGCAGAAUUAGCGCCUCGAUCCCUGCAGCCCCACCCCAGCUGGCCAAUGGAGGAUGCUCUCCUCCACCACCUUCCCUGAAUGAUGAGGACCUAGACCUCCUCCCACCUCCUCCACCGCCCCCUUCGGCUUACCUGCCUCUCCCUGAAGAGGAGCCUCCUGCCCUGAUGGGGUCAUCACUCAUUUCUGACUUGGAGCAACUACACCUGCCCCUGCCCCCACCUCCACCCCUACCACAGGCGCCACCCAAGGGAUCUUCUGUCCGGCCUCUGCCCAGUCACCUCAGACCCAUGGAAGAGGAGCUACCCCCUCCUCCGGAAGAGCCUGUCACCUUUCCAGAGAAAGAGGCAUCCACAGAUGUCUGCGGCUUCUGUCACAAGCCCGUGUCUCCUCGGGAACUGGCUGUUGAGGCCAUGAAGAGGCAGUACCAUGCUCAGUGCUUCACCUGUCGCGUCUGCCGCCGUCAACUGGCUGGACAGAAAUUCUAUCAGAAGGAUGGGCGCCCCCUGUGCGAGCCCUGCUACCAGGACACUCUGGAGAAGUGUGGCAAGUGUGGCGCGGUGGUGCAAAACCAUGUCAUCCGGGCCCUGGGCAAGACCUUCCACCCAAACUGCUUCACCUGUGUGACCUGUGCCCGGUGCAUCGGCGACGAGAGCUUCGCGCUGGACAACCAGGACCAGGUGUACUGCCUGGAUGACUUCUACAGGAAAUUUGCCCCCAUGUGCAGCAUCUGUGAGAAUCCCAUCAUCCCCCAAGAUGGGAAGGAUGCCUUCAAAAUUGAGUGCAUGGGAAGGAACUUCCAUGAAAACUGUUACCGUUGUGAGGACUGCAGUGUCCUCCUGUCUGUGGAGCCCACCGACCAAGGCUGCUACCCGCUGAAUGACCACCUCUUCUGCAAGCCCUGCCAUAUAAAGAGGAGUGCUGCAGGGUGCUGCUGAGAACCCCUGGCCAGCCCUCCCCUGACUUGGUUUCCCCACCUGACCUCCUUCCUUUCCUUUUGAGUCUCACAGGACACCAACACAUUGCUCAGCACACGGUGAAUGGACACCAGGGCCUGAGACACUAGGGCUUGCCGCCCCCAGGUACACAGCUACACAGCACCCUCCAGACUGUCACGGCAAACCAGAAGGCCUCUCACCAUGAGACUUGAACCCUGGUCCCUCUCUGUUGCUGGCCCUGGCCUGUUUGUGGGGACAGGUCUUGGCCAUGACUCUGACCAUGAUGCUUAGCUUCCCUGCAGAAGGUACUGAGACCAGCUUAGUGCAUUGAGCUGACCUGUUUGAGGUGUGCCUGCCCAGUUACUGUAGAAAGUGUAUUUUCAAAUUGUAGAAAUUUAUGCUGGGGCUGGGUACAGAGGUAGGAGGAUCUCUGUAAGUUUGAGGCCAGCCUCAGAGAAAAAAAUAACAAAAACAAACAAAACAACAACAACAACAAAAAACAGAAUGCAACUCUGGGGCUGGUGAGAUGACUCAGUGGUUAAAAGUACUUGCUGCUCUUGUGAAAGACCAGGGUUCAUUUCCCAGCACCUUCAUGGAGGCUCCUAAGUGCCUGACUUGUAACUCCAAUUCCAGGGGAGCUGAUGCCCUCUACUGGCCUCUUCAGGCUCCUGCAUGCACACAGUGCACAUAUACUCAAGCAGACACACACACACAUUUAAAAAAAAAACAAAAACUUUAGUCAGGUGCAGUGGCCCAUGUCUUUAAUCCCAGCACCUGGGAGGCAAAGCAAGCAGAUCUCUGCGUUUGAAGGCAGCCAGGGCUACACAGUGAAAUGCUGUGGUUUGUUUUAAGUGGCUAAGUCUGGCAGUCCACUCUAUGGAUCCUAAUGCUUGGGAGAACUACCAGGCUUGAGGCCUGCCAGGUCUUUGUAGAGUUCCAGAUCAGCCUCGGCUACAUUGUCUCAAAAAUAAGUAAACAAACAAACCGCAAAUGCAUGGGAACAUGAUUCAGUGGCCACCCAGCCCUGGAACACCUGCUGAAGAGGCGCUGGAAUCUGAGGAGUAGGAUGGCGCCCCCCCAGGCGCCCCCUACUUCCUGGUUCUCCCGUGUGCUCUUGUGAGCCGUCCAUAGGCAUGAACUAAGUGCCUUUGAUUUGCUGGGGACAAGAGGGGUUCUGAAGCUCCUUCCUACAACCUUCACUGGGGCUGAGGCUGCCCAAGUUCUCUCCCCCUCCCCCUCCCUCCCUCCCUCCCCUCCCUCCCUCUCUCCCUCUCUCCAGGAUGAGGCCAGCGAAGGGCAUAUCCCUCUGGUCUCCCAUUUGUACCUCAGCCCCCAUAACCACAGCCUCCAUGAGGCUACACCUAGAGCAGUCUUCCUUUUAAAGAAAUCCACUCUAGGGCUGGCAAGAUGAUUCGGCUGGUGAAGGGGCUUGCCACCACGCCUGAUGACCUGAGUUCUAUCCCUGGGACCCACGUUGAAGGAGAGAACCAUUUCCCUGAAGCUGUCCUCUGGUUUACACAUGCGUGCCACGGAUACACCUUUGCGCACACAGGCACACACAAAUAAUAGAAAUAAGAUGUAAAAUAGAAAAAAACUCACUUUUAUGCUUUGUAACUUCUAAGAUGCACAUAGAACAAAUUAAACACGUUUUCCUUUCUUGCA